AGGUGUGUCCCCACGGUCUACGGAUGUGUGUGCGCGCGGGCGCCCCACCACCGACAGACAGCCGAUCCCGCGCGAGCCACCGACGACGUCGAGCAGCUCUCCGGUUUCCCGUCGCUCGCGGUUUCGUCGGCGAGACGGUAGCGGCGAUGCGCGCCGCGGGACCGAAGGCUACCUGAUCCAGGGGGGGCCACCCGGAUGACCGUCGACAACACGGCCUUUAUAUAACCUUGUCCCAAGUCGGCGCCGAGACGGCCUUGUUACGUUUGGCGUGUCUUGAGUGCAGAUUACCGCAAGACAAGAAGGAUGAGUUCCUCACUAACGUCACUUCAGCCAAAUAGUCAGAGCUUGGAAAGGCAGAGACAUGUCCGAACGACGACGGAGAGGCUGUACAACAGUCUCACCAAGAAAAGGAAAGAUCCAAAGCAAACGAACGUACAGAGAAUGUGGAUAAACUGCGAGGACUGCAAAGACGACUUUUGGGCGGCUAUAAGAUCCAAUUAUGAUUAUAUUAUGGACACUAAUUUAAUCGAAACCUGCAAGGAAGCGAACGGCGAACUUACAUGGGACGAGACAGACGUGUCGACGCAAUCGUGGAGCUUGAAGGAGGUCAGCAAUCAAUUUUCGGAGCUGUACUCGUGGUUAAGAAUUCUUCAAGAAUUGGUCUACUCCAAGGAGGAAAAUGUUCUGGACAAAAGCCUGCGCGCAGCUCAUAUGGAGGAGCUGCGACGCAAGGCGUACAGACGCAAGCUGUUCAACGAGCAAGCGGAAAAGCUAAUUUCUCGCGCCCCUGCUUUAAAAGACGAAGUGGCGUGGCGUGUAGAUCACUUGAACGCAAAAUGGGAACUAGUUGAGCAAAUUAUGGCGCCCAUAGACCGACCGGUAUCUAGUCAACAAGAUAUAUCAGCAGACUUUGAACGCGAGGUGAAAUGUCUACGAAAAUGGCUACGGGAGAUGGAAUCGCGUCUUCAACCUUUGAGCUUCCACAUCAACUGGACUCUGCCAGAACUGGAGGAAAAGGCGGUAGAGCACAUGGUACUCCAACGAGAUAUAGAGGCGCACGGACGUAUCGUCAGUUCGAUUGUCAAAUUGGGAGACAAAGUUUUCACGCAUCAACAGCAGCAGCAGCAGCAAGAGGAGCAGGAGCAGCAGCGAGAGGAGAAGCAACAAUCCUCGCAGCCUUUGCGAAUAGUAAGAUCGCUGGAGCGACGUUGGCAUCUUCUGUUCCUACGUGCCUUGGAGUGGCAGUGUCACAUUGAGACCCUCGUUUCUCAUAUAAGAAAUAAGAACGCCGUGCCUUACGGCUGCAGCAGCGACAGCGACGAGGAACCAGUCACGAAACAGCCCCGUCUCAGCCGCGGACGAUCACGCGGCUCCGGAGCGGAAUCGCCGGGACAGUCCGCUCGCUCGGCGCGUACCGAACGCGCCAAGCGCGUCGCCAGACGCCCGAGAUCCGCGUACUGCGACCAUCCAGUCACCAAUGAGAGGACCUACCAGUCGGACAGCGACGCCUUUUCCGAGAAUCAAUCCAUCGGCGAGGGAUCGUAUUUCGAGGAUGAAUUGUGUCAGCUGUGUGUGAUGGACGCGAGGUCCGACGAACCGGCAAAACGAGAGGCCACUAGUUCCAUUACGUCUAUCGCGCGGGAUCGAGGGGAAGAGGGUGACGUCGAGGAAAGCGGAGCGAGCGACAGCGAACAACACGACAUGCCGCCCACACCGGACACCGUGCCGAUAACGACGUCGACGGCGGCGAUGCAGGGGACGUGCGACGAAAUCGACGCGGCGAGCACCGUGCAAAUCGAAAGUACGGAAAAAUCGAAUAACGGUCUACGGACGAGCGAACCUGCGAAACGUGGAGCAACGGAUCAGGCUGCUUUAUUCAAUAUGUCUGACAGAAAGUCGAAGAACUGCGCUAUCUACUACUUUAAGCAUCGGGACACCGACUCCGAGGCAGAUUGUAGUCAACUAGUCCAGGAAUCAUCCAACACGGUGGACGAUUCCUCCGAGGAGGAGUGGACUUACACUCCUGCUCGUCGAAACAGUUCGACGUUGGUCGUUUCGGAGCAACGGAGAACGAACGUUGUGACUCGCCUGGACUUUGGCGAGAGUCCGCGAAUCGAUAUCUCAGAAACAAUGCAUUUUGCGCAGAAAAAGAGUCUAGGUAACGAGAAAGAAACGGAACGUGACGACCGCAAGGCACAGCAAAAAGAUAGCGAUGAUGAAAAGAAGAACGAUAAAUCAAGUAUCGAAAGGUUGAUCAAAGAAGUUGAAAACUUGAUCGGUGAAGACAGACAUACAGCCUCGCGCGCGUUUCCACAGUUAGAAUUCGAGGAGAAAAACAUAACGAACAAUCACCGAGCUAAGUACGCGCGCGUGAAAGAAUGGUUGAAGUUGAACGAAUCGAGAAGUUACGAGGGCAGAUCGCAGCCAUUAGAUAGCUGCGAUGCCAGCGGUGAAUACACCACGGAGGAAUCUGAUGGGGAAAGACAAUCAGUAUCGUCGGACGAUUUGCAGAGCAGCGUCGCGACCUACCGCCGAUUCGAAGGCGCUCUCGCGUGUAUAUCACAAUCCCCUUCACAAGAGAUACUCGAUUGCGUCCAGAAAACACCCGUCAACGAGAUACCUCCCGACGAGACUACGCCGAAGGUCGUAAUGCGAUCGAAACAAAAAGCGAAAGGAUCUAGGCCGUGGAGCGUUUCGUGUAUCUCUCAAAUCGGAGAUAAUCCCACUUUAGCUCAGAUAAACAAUGCUGUUUUACCGUUCUCCAUAUCCGAGACUGCGCUUCAUCAAUUGGUCACAACUCCACCUACCAAAUCCGUAUCCUUCGAUGCUGCAGGAUCACGGAAAUCGUUUAACAAUUCCGCAUCCACUUUAUUAGAAGAGUCUUUUAUAUGUUCCGACGAUCGCGUAGCUAGAAACAUAUCAUUCCGCAGAAAGAAAAAUAGAUUGCGUAAGAAGACCUUGGGGCGUAAGAGUGAAUCUAGUUCGGAAAGUGCGCAAGCCAAUCAUCAUUCUGCGGGAAGCGACGGCAGCUCGAAUCAGCAACGCUCGUCUCGCAAAACAAAUCUAACUCGCACAACGCAUAUAGUUUCGAAAGAAAACUGCCAUAGUCGUUCGACGACACUCGUGAAAUCUGGGUCUUUCUCAGGCUGUACCGUCCAUCAACAAUUACACGUUGAAAGGACGCUUGUCAAUAAUUCUACACCGCUCAGGCUAUUUUGUUGCAAGUCGGUUGCUUCCACGUUAGAGACGGAAGGCGAGGAUCGUGAUUGUGCUCAAGGACACUUUGCUUACAAUAAUGACAUGUUGAACAUGAUGGUGAAUAACAAAGAACUAAGCGGUCAGCAGUUGAAUAUAGACAGUGACGUAGAAAUGAACAGUCUUGGUAAUUCGCUGCCCGAACAGUCCUGGGACAAUUAUGUGGAGAAAUAUAUGAGCGAGCCUUACAGCGAGCCAUUAGAUGUAGAGACGGCUCGACGAUUGUUGGAUUUUGGAGAUGACUAUCGAAACUUUCUCGAUAGCCAGUCGGAAUGCGCAUCCAGUAUAAGCGCAAUUCCUGCUUGUUCGCCAUUGCCUAAGACUCGCACGUAUCAUGAAAUCGACGACAGUACGGAAGAUAGUGAUAAUGAUGAGGAAGAUUUACGAAAAAUUGCAGAUUCGCAAGCGCAGCUUAUACUUGCUGAAAAUACUUUUGUAAGAUCCAAUGGCGCAAUUCCUACAGAACUCGCUGAAGUGGAGUCUGCAUGCAAAGAAAACUUAAGACGUUUGCAGAAUCUGCUGGAACCGCAAAAUGGAUACAGGAAAUUGCGAAAUGAAAAAUAUUUGAAAAAAAUUCGCGGUCUGAUUGAGAGAUGGGAGACCUUGGCAUCGAAAGUUGAGCAGCAGAGAGUCAUCGCACUUCACCACGACCUGGAUGCCAUGAGAAAGAAAUUGAAAGCCAUGUGCGAUCGAUUUCUUAAUUACGAAAUCGUCUUGGAGCAGUCCAACGUGCUCGAUGAUCACAUUAACGAGAUCAAUGCUGAACUGACUGUUCUGGAGAAUCACAAGGCGGCGAUGGUCGAGUUAAACUUGUCCGCGCAUCAGCUGACCACCAGUCUCGGUGUCUCCGCAGCGUUAAUUUGCACAUCCCUCAAGGAUGGCGUGGCCGAUCUUUAUAGAAUAUGGAACGACACGCGCCAAAAGGGUACUCAGCAGCUGUCCGUCCUGCAAGCCAUGAAGCAGUUUAGUACGCGCUUGGCCGAACUGCAGUCCGCCUUGCAAAGGGACAAAGAUACACUGGCGUCUCUAGAUAUGGCCCUACAAGCGGGCGUUACUCCCGAGGUCGCCUCAUCCGUUCGUCAUGUCGCGCGGCUUUUGUCCGGACCAGACAUCAAUUGUCAGAACGAUGCGGUGUUGAACGAUGCGACGACGGAGGAGGUGCACUGCGGAAAGUUCGCCGGUAACUCCGCGAGCAACCACACGCAGGAGGGUGGCUCGCUCUCCGACAGCGGCAUCUCCGACAGCGGGAGCGACCAGGAGUUGAACGAGCGCGAGCGCAGAUUGGCCGCGCUUCGGCGACUCACGCGUAGCUUGGAGACCCAGCUGGCACCGGACAGCGAGGCUCUGACCGACCUCCGCAAGAGAAUCGAGCACGCCGAGACCGAGCUGCGCGACCUGCAGAGGCAGUGCAAAGAGCUCAUCUUGCGCACUCAUGCCGAGGACGUGCGUGCUGCUAGCCGAGCAGCCAAUCAAGUUCAUUAUCCCCCAGACAAGCGCAAGAAAGCCGUCUGCGGGGCAGAUACGUCGAAAAGCGACGCAGAAUUGAUGCCAACAAUGAAAAGCAACGCCAAGGGCGACAACCACGACGACAAGCCGAGUUCCCAGAGAAUAUGGCGAAUCGCCAGGGUGGCAAUAGCCUUCUGUUUAGUAGUCUUUCUCGUCAGGCGUUAUUUCCAGCAGCCGCCGUGUUGCGAGGCUGUGAAUCAUUUCACGCCGUUCGAGUUAGUGCGCUACUCUAAGAAGCCACCGCCGCUGUGAGUGAGUAAAUACGGCAGGUAUACGAAAGAUAUCGACGCCAAGGAUCGACUGAUUUUCGGCGAAAACGGAUAAGAUAUGCGUAUCCGUUCCGACACGCACCGGGAAUCGUGAUUUUCAAACGAUUCAGCCCGCGGCGUAAGGCUGUCCACGAAUUUUUUUAGAAAGCGCGCGCGCUUAUUAGAAACCGCGGUUUUAUUGUUAAUAUUAAAUUGCCCGUUGAAUUCGACAAUGCGUUCGGGAAGAUGAUUCGCCGGUACUCGAGUGACUGAUUUUUUUUUUCACUGCCUGCGUAUAUCCUGAUUUUGAUUCCCUCAUGAUACGCGAAAUGCUAUCGAUAGUCUGUAACUUCUGGCCACAAGUUAUCACGACGUAAAAGCUACCCACAUCCGGCAUAACUACGUAAUAGGGAAAUGAACAGUUUUAUAUACAUAUAGAAAUUGAAUAUUUUAGAUUCUAAAUACGUAUCGAUGCGGGUCUGCUAUAUGUAUAUUUUUGUAGAGAGUUUGUGUAGAAGGAGUGAUAGAUUCGCGGUUGAGUAAUUAGUUAAAUUUGUACGGAGACAGUCUGGCAACGAAUCUCGAACGUCGCAAUUAAAACCACCCUCAUCUUCUACUUUAGUAUUCGUGCAAAAACGAAAUACAACGAGACGCAAGAUAGCAUUAUCGAUACAGUUGUUUUCUCAUCGUUCUAAAUUGCGCGCGUCAGCAGCCUAUGUUAUUGUUGAAGUGUAUAAAUAUUUAUUUAUAGAUAUAUAUAUAUAUACAUACAGAGAUCAUAUAUUAUAUAUUUUACUCAUUAUACAUAGUAUUUUUCUUGGAGGAUAAUGUUUAGUUUUCCUUCCGAAGGACCGGAAACAUAAAAUGGACUUGACAAUUUUUGACGGACGAGAGUCCAUUUAUAAUGAAUUUUACUGAGGAAUGGUACUUGGAUUCCAUACUGCUAAGCUUCCUAUUUGUUCCAAGUAUUUUCCCGCAAUGCUGCUUCUAAUAUCGUCACCUUUGUUCCCGUAACAACGAAUAUUUAUUUCGAUAUCUUUUUCCCCCCACAUCUCCGCAAAUGUAUGAAACAUACGCACACAAGCUACAUCGGAUAUUCACGCUUUAAAGACAUUAAGCACAGUGAAUUUUCAGAAAACGGCUUGUGCGAACAAAUUUUUCUACACGUGCAUGGCGAUUGGUGCACUGGCCUUAUACAUAAAAAUUAUCGACUUUAAUCACGACGAUGAAAUUUAUCGACUGUUCAUGCACUGUGAAUAUUAAUAACUACGACUUUGCACAUUAUAAUAAUUUAGAUGCGUGUGCAUGUAUAUGUAUAUAUACACUUUAGUAUCUAUUGCAUGCAUUCCUGAAAUAUUCUGCACCUCCAAUUUUCAUCUUGUGUCAUAUUAAGAACAUUUGAUAUCAAUAACAAUGUGCAUGCUAUUAACGAUACUUAUCUAGUGUCAUAUGUCGGAAGAUGUAUUCAUACAUAUGUAUUUUCUGUUAAUACGGUUGAAAAUUUUAGAUUGUGAUAUAUAUUUUGGCAGUUCUUUCAUUUUUCUCGCGUAUGAUCCUUUAAAGAAAGGAAUACAGAGGGAAAUAUAUACACGCGUCGUUUGAGACUACUAACGACUUCUUAACACAAUUAGUCAGAAUUUCUGAUUGUAAAAAUGUAUUUAUCGAUUUCCUUCGAGAUGUGUCUUUGAUAUUUGAAGACAUUCGUGUAUUUAAAGAAUGAAACGAAGGCUAAUAUAAAUAGACUUAAAGAGAAAUGGUAAGCGAAGUUUGUGCUAGGAGAGAGAGAGUGUGUGAGGCGAAAAUUAUUUUUCCAAAAAGAAAGAUAAUUUUUAAGAAAUUUUUGAAAGAUACGAGCUUUUGAUAGAGUGAUACGUGCAUGCUGUAAUUUGUCGAAAUCUAUUUUGUAAAGUCUUUUUGAGAAAAUGUAUGAUGUAAAGUGAGUGGUAGUCUGGCCACAUUCAGAAUUCACACGUGCGCGAUGCGAAGUAACGAGAAAUGCCUUAUGGUUGAUCAUUGAAAGCUUACAACUUGCAUGAUGCUUACUGUGUAAGCGCUCCAGCGCAACGACUCCGAUCCAUGCUUGUGCAGAUCUUAAGCUUCUCGUAAGAGAGGCGAAAUCGUCGGUAAGUCCAUUCGGCAUUUUGCUGACUACGUAGAGAUAGCGAACACUAUGUGUAGAUAGGAUAACUAUAGCUGUGUAAAGUAACGGUGGUUUGAUAUCGUUUUGAUAUACAACUUUGUAAAGAAAUAUCACAGUAAAAUAUCACGUCCGAGAAAUAGCAAUAUUAACGAAACGUAACUUUUCGUUUGCAAGACUGCUAGCUAUAUUAAAUUACCGUCAUUUUACACUACUGGUUUUGUGAAUUUCUAUUUUACAUUGCGAAAAAUCUAGUACGCCGACCUGCAUGAAUGGUAGUACGGUCGCAGACAGCUCAUUUUUUUUGUGUUUAUGUAAGUACCAUGUGCUACGAGUAGCGAAUGUUUAUUUAGACAAAGUUUUACGAUUGAAAAAUCAAAGUAUUUACAGUGAUGCUUAGACUCGAUAAGGAGAUGAGCAUACACUAAAUAGAGAUAUAGUUCUAUUCAGUAUCGAUAUCAUGUCGAUGAGAACUCGGCGUGAGCCGAGUGUAUUUUUCAAAUUCGAUGCACUAACUGCAUCGAAGGAAACAAUGAUAAAAGGAAGCCUUAUGUACUUUAUUGUAAAGUAUACCGUGCUUUCUUAAAAGUAUUAAAGAGAAAGAGAAAGAAAACAGUUGACAAAAUAUUUAAGGACGGUACUUUCGCGAUUGUAAAUCGCGUUAGUAAAUCGCAAACGACAGCGACUAUCUCGAAUAACGAACGUUGGAACGAUCGUGAACAACGAAAGUUGAGAAGAUCGUGAAUGCGAGGGGAGUUAAUGCGUCAAAUUGAAUGUUCGUGAUUUUUUUACGAUCGACGCAUGUAAAAAAAAAUUGCAAGGAAAGUAGGUUUAACGAAUGUGGAGAUACAAUUUCAGUCUCUCCAUGUGCUUGACUGUCGUCUCGUUAUAACGGACGUUGAUGUUUAUCAGAAAUUUAAGACAGUUUUUCAUUAUGUCGUGAUGAAGCUGUGUUAAGCAAAACUCUUAUUCUGUUAUCGAUCAUAAAAGUGUAAUUAGAUACUGCUACAUCAGAUAGCGAUCGGAGAAAUGAGUCCCACAGUCUAACGUGGACGGGAACGAAUCUUUCGCUAUUUUUCCUCUACGGAUUUUGAUUGAUUUAAUUGAAAUUUUGAUUGAAAGUAGCGGUGAGAAAGUGACUGAUUUUUUUUUAAUCAGCGUAAAAUCAUUUGAUUAUCUUUCAUUUAGACGUAGUUUACGUACAAAAUUUUUUGCUCGUUAUUAUUUUAACACCAACUGGAGAACGAGUGUCGAGUGAGAGUUUAUUGGAUAAUUAUCCAAUAAUAAAGUACACACGUACUUACGAUACACCAUGUAAGAGAGUGGCAAUUAUUUAAUUGCCUAUUAUUAGACGGACAAACGUCAAUGGCAUCGAAUACUUUUCGAUAAAAUAUAUUAAUGUGACAAUCGCUAUAUAUCACAAUGGAAUUGUUUGAUGAAAUGAAGAUCUCUGACUUAACGUGAACGAUAAUGAAACUCAAUAAUCAAGCGUGACCUUGCGCUUACUUUAAGCGAUCAUGGCGAUCUAACAUAGAGACUUACGCAUAAUACAUUCAUACGAUUGUAGUGUUAUAAAGUAACGGAAUACUACGCUGAACUUUUUGUAACGUGUUACUUAAAAUGCUAUUGAAAUUUUUUUUUCUCUCGUAUCAUUGAGAUCUGAAGGAAUAAAAUAAUAUCGUCAGGAGAUAUUCCUUGAGAUCGGAAAGCAUAAGAAAAUAUCACGAGUCGAAAGGCAACGCCCUUCAUUGCAACGAUAACUAUUUUAAGUAACGCACUUCGAGUAUACCUUACUCUCGUAUCGCGAAAGCGCGACACGAUUUUUAAUCUGCCUUAUACAACAUAUAAUAACGUGUAUAAAGUACCUGAAAAAUCAAAACGCUACUUAUAAUAGCUAUUCUAACAUUAUCUCAUGCACGCGGUUAAAGGAAUGCUUGAUAAUAUUGUAACGAUCGUGUCACGCUUAUCUCGUUUUAUUGAAUAUAUUCAUCUAUAUCGAAUAUAUUAUUAAAUAUUAUAUAUGCAUGUAUUUUUUUUCGUUAUUAUCAAAGAGAGUCGUAUGACGAUGCUCUAUAAAAAAAAAAAGAAUUACAAAAACAUUCAGUUCGAUGAGCGAACAAAGUAUUACAAUAUUCGGUAUCUUCGAAGACCAUCGUUUGGCUCCUUGCAGUGCUAAUGCAUUUUUUAAACCAUUUAUUUCAAGCAAGUCAAAUUUAGAUUGACGAUUAAAAUGACAAAGAAAAAGACGGCGAAGUUGAUCGUUACAUAUUAGGAAUUGUAUCUGUAAGAAACGAUGGUUUUGAAAGCCGCUAAAGUUAUGUUAGCGAUAAUAUUCUUAGCGGUAUAGCUGUGUGUAGCAACGCUUCUACUUGAGACACGAGUGAGACGCUAUUCAGUAGAAGAUAUCAGCUAACUGAGAGAACAGGGUACAUAAAAAUUAAAAGCAUUUAAGUAUUCAUUUGUAUUACACGUCCAUAUCGUGUUUGACGCUCAAAUGGAAGCGGUGAACGCAAUUAAUUAUAUGCUAGUAAUUAUGUUGUAAUCACGUUUCGUGAGCUAUCUCAACGUUUAUUAAUUACUUCUUUCGAGGAUCGAUAUUUCUGCAAUUUCAAUUGGAACUUCAUUGCCAGCGAAAACAAGACUGUCGCAGUUUUGCAGCAAACUGCAUUACUUUUAACGUCUCAAUUGAAAUUUUUUUCAGAUAUUGCUCACGUAAAGGUGAAGCGCGUAAAUAACGUUACUUUACAAUUACCAGAGAUUCAAAGCAUUUUCACCUCGAUAUAGACGUUACUACGUUUAUACAUCACGAUACAAUCGCCAAAUUGGUUUGCUCAACUCACCGUGUGAUUAUCUUGCGUGAAGCACAGACUUUCAGAUUUUCAUUGCACUUUACUGUAUCAAACGAACCGCUGCGUACGGUUGUAAAGUAACGUCCGAACGUUAUUGAUGAUACUUUUUUCACGACCUGUAGUAUUAUACUACACCGAAGUAUUAUACUUAUGUUUUAGAGACUUGAAAUAAAUUCUGGAUUUUUGUUCAGAGGAA